AUGGUAUUAUUGGUUAAUUUAUUAUUAUUUAUCAUUAUUUUAAUAAAUUUUGUAAAUACAAAUGAGAUAGAGUUUUGUUUGAAAGAUAAAGAGAGUUGUGAAAAUAAAUAUAUUAAUAAUAAAAGAUAUAUUUUAUAUGACGUCAAUCAAUCGGAAGGAUUUAAUCUUAGGAGAGAUGUUUACAUCAGGAUAGGAGUGUUUGUUAAAACAAAUCUAUACCAUUGGAAAAGCAAUACUAUUAAACAAAAACAAUUACCCUGGAGUUUAUUUUUUGAUAUUGAAAGUUUAAAUAAAUAUGUAAAAGUUAUUGAAUUAUAUGAAUUUAUUGAAGAGGCUAAUGGAGCAGACACUGUGGAUAAAGUAUUUGUUCUACAAAACGAUCCAAAAAUGUUUGAAACUGGAGAUUUUAAAGAUAAAAAUAAAAUUGUCGAGUGCAAUAAAGUGAAAUUAAAUAGGGAAUUAUUUUGGGGAUAUAACAAUAUUACUGCUAAUGAAAUUAUUUGUAUUGAAUUUCAUGGAACCGCUUCUCAGCUAGUCGUUAACUUGAAUCCUUCAGUUGAUAAGUUAAUAUUAUGA